ACGUGGGAGCAGCCACCCCUUUUCAACAGGGAAGGAAGAAGGAGAGUUGUGUGGGAGACAUGAUGGAGCGCUACAGGCACUUACACAGGAUCAUUCUCAUGGUUGUUCUGCAAGGGGGGUUCCCAGGUUCGUACAGUAAGGAUCGGGCCAUUACCCUCCCUGAAUCCAUCAGAGCAUUGAGAGGAUCCUGUGUGGAGAUUCCCUGCACAUUCACCCGCCCCAGGGGCAACAAGGACUUCCGUCUGGUUUGGUACAAGGGAAUCGAUUUUCGUCCUGACAAAAUAAUAUUCAGCCAACAGAAUCCCUCUGAUGUGAGUGAGGGUAACAGAGGCCGCACUUCCCUGGUCGGCAAUGAGCCAAACAGCUGCUCCCUGAGGAUUAAUGAUGUGCGAGAAAGUGACAGUUAUUAUCCCUAUAUACAUGGGAACUGUGAUGUCACCAGUGUGUGUCAGACAGUGAGGGUUACAGUCUCAGAUGUUCCCAAUGAGCCAGCAAUACAGAUACCCACAGAUCUAACUGAGGGGGAACGUGCCCCCAUCUCCUGCUCUGUAGAACACACGUGCCCCCCCAGGCCCCCUACUCUACAGUGGAACAGAGCUGGGUAUAAGCUCACUGACAGGCAGCAGAGCCUUAAGGAUGGAGUAUGGAAAGCUGAGACUGUAAUGGAAUAUCUCCCCUCCUACCGGGAUCAUAAGGCUAAACUUGAAUGUGAAGCUACGUAUCCAAAUGGGCUCAAAUCCAAAAGUCGCUCAGCCGCUUUAAACAUCAGAUAUUCUCCGAAAAAUGUAGCAGUUGUUAUAUCUUAUGGGAAGAAGGAAAGGAAAGAAGGCGAUGCAGUGAGUUUAACCUGUGACAGUGAUGCCAACCCUGCUGCCAAUGCCUUUACCUGGUACAACAAUAAGAGAGAUGGAACUGUAGAGCUGAGGGAGGAGCAGGGGCGGAGCAUAACUGUGACUGUGGGGCGGGGCAGAGAGACAUUCUCCUGCACUGCAAGGAACCCACUGGGAACUGGGAAUUCCACUCUCUCUGAGCUGCAGGUUUUAUAUAAAGCCCAAAAUGUCACAAUUAAAGGAAAAGAUGAAGUGAAGGAAGGAGCAGCCCUGGAGCUUGAAUGCCAUUUCUCAGACUAUAACCCACCAACAACUCAGUACAGCUACAGCUGGUAUCUAAAUGGGAAUCCUGUGAAUGGGGAGACUGGCAGAAUAUUACAGAUAAAUAACAUUACAGAGUCCCAUUCUGGCAACUACAGCUGCAAUGUGCAGAACGGAGCGGGACCUUCCUAUUCCCCAGGCUUUACUGUUACACUGAUGUCUGCACAGACAGGAGAGGGACUGCCCAUGUGGAUUGUACUCGGGGGUGGAGCUGUUGCUGUAUUGGUCAUACUAUUGGUUCUGGCUCUAUAUUUAUUUCUUAGAACAUCCAGAAAGAAACAGAAACUGGAAGCUUCCGGAGGCAGAGGGAUGGAAACCAACAAUCAGGGGCACGGACCAAAUGAAGAACCAGAGAACUAUUACUGCAACGUCUCAGCCAUUGCUGGUUCCUCAAGGAACGGCACAGCAGGGACCCAGAUGGGAGAGAUUGAGUUAGAAGAUAUUUACACCGAGCCAAAGGAGCCAAUCGAUGUUGAGUAUACUUUGGUGGAUCAUGUGCCGGGUAAGGAAGCCCCUCAAACGCAGAACCCUACGGACGAGACAGAAUAUUCACUUGUGACCUUCUGAUUUGGAAGCGCAGAGAAAAUUCUCCUUCUCAUGUGAAGACCAAAAGGUUUCCAGUGUUUUUAUUCGACUUCGAUGUCCCUGCUGAGGAUUUCUAGAACACUUUGCAGUAUUUAAACACCACAAGAACUUCUCUAGUGUGGCCUCCUCCCAGGCUAUGCUGUAUUCCUACUACCAGAACUUCUCUAGUGUGGCCUCCUCCCAGGCUAUGCUGUAUUCCUACUACCAGAACUUCUCUAGUGUGGCCUCCUCCCAGGCUAUGCUGUAUUCCUACUACCAGAACUUCUCUAGUGUGGCCUCCUCCCAGGCUAUGCUGUAUUCCUACUACCAGAACUUCUCUAGUGUGGCCUCCUCCCAGGCUAUGCUGUAUUCCUACUACCAGAACUUCUCUAGUGUGGCCUCCUCCCAGGCUAUGCUGUAUUCCUACUACCAGAACUUCUCUAGUGUGGCCUCCUCCCAGGCUAUGCUGUAUUCCUACUACCAGAACUUCUCUAGUGUGGCCUCCUCCCAGGCUAUGCUGUAUUCCUACUACCAGAACUUCUCUAGUGUGGCCUCCUCCCAGGCUAUGCUGUAUUCCUACUACCAGAACUUCUCUAGUGUGGCCUCCUCCCAGGCUGUGCUGUAUUCCUACUACCAGAACUUCUCUAGUGUGGCCUCCUCCCAGGCUAUGCUGUAUUCCUACUACCAGAACUUACAGUACAGUCUCAUUGAGUAAAUGAGCCACAAAAUGGGCACAAAUUGCCAAGUUGUUUUCCCUUAAUGCAAUGUUUUUGUCCAGUGCAACAUUUUGCACCAGAUUCAGAUUAAAAUGUGCCCCAGUUGCUAUUUAAUAAACAAGUGCCCUUGUUAAAAAUAAGCAAAGUUAAUUAGACUAGUAUUAGGGUUGCCACCUGUCCGUCUUUGACCCAGUUUUCGGAAGGGCUGUCCGGUCAAAACCACCUGUCCAGUUUCCUCUUUGAGACUGACUUGGCUAUCGGCCAAUCGCCAACAGCUACGUCAUAACCCUGGGUCAUCAUAGCUCCACCCACAUGACGGCAUUGGCCCUAUUCAGUGACAUUACAUUCGCCCCCCUGCCUGGGGUUAGCCACGGCAUAAGGUAGUAACCCUAACUGGUAUAAAAAUUACAUCCUGCCUAUUAUUUGAAUUUAAAAAAAUCACAUUUUCCUAUGUUUGUGCCAUUAUAAAGCACUAAUUUGGAAGUUGGAAGUUUCCACUGACCUGACCCCACUUUCUCUAUGAACAGGACAAUUUGUUCAGGGCUCCCUAUCUACCGUUGAAGAAACAAACCCUUUCUCUCUCUCUAAGCAGCAGCCUUUGAGCGGCUCAUUAUCAGGGGCUUCUCUGUAGACUGGCAAUUAAUUUUAUUAGCUCCUUUAAAGUUGAAACCAUAGAUAUUUCUAUGGGCAAAAAGUAUGUUAAGCACAAGCCCUGUUCAUUCAGCUCAUGUUGAUCAUACCUGGCCAACCAUUGGCCCAUUAUAAUCAGGGGAACAGAUACAGUGCUAAUUGCCAGGGAAUUCACUUUUACGUCAUAUUCUACAGCUAUAGUCGCAGUGUAUAGUUUUUUAGGAAAAAAAAAAUAACAACAA